AUCAAACACUCYAGUAUCGUUUAUAUACAAAGUUAACUGAAAAAAAAACUUAAAAUGUACAAGGCCACAGAUUUUGAAAUGCUUAUAAGUUCUACCGUAAUACUCUGUGCAUUUAGUUUUCAAAUGGUAGAAGCCGAUUGUAAAACCUCGGUAUGGGGAAUACAACUUGCAAACCAUGUCCUGUCGAUUUUGACUAUCGGUGAUAUCGAUAGCUGUUACAGGACUUGUGCCGCGAAGCCAGGCUGCAGGAGUAUAAACUAUUACAGAGACAAGUCCCUUUGUGAACUAAAUAGCAGAACAAUCGAGAACACGCCCCAAAUGACAGUCAUCAACGAAGACUCUGUGUACUUCACAAUUCCAGAUAACGGAGAGCAAAUAAUUAUUAAUUAAUAAUUAUUUCUUGAAGAAMGUUUACAAAAUAAAGUUGUGUUAGAAAACUGGUUCGAAUCUUUGAAGGCCUAUACAGUAUGCUCAUGGAACCAGGCAGUCACAAAACCUGAACAAGCACUCUUCAGCUUUGCCACCAAGGAUCAUCACAACGAAAUAUAUGCAGAACUCGAAAAAGAAUCGUCGACCACAUUUCUGCGUAUUUACAUGAUGGAAUGGAGAUCUCCGACAGGGGAGGCGGUGUAUCCUGUUGAUGGUGACUGGCACCAUUUUUGUUUGACAUGGGAGAGCAAUAGUGGUGAGUGGAAAAUAUACAUCGAUGGAUCCGAGAAAUCUAAAGGGAUCAGGAACCCAGGUAGAGUUAUUCCUGGAAAGGGCGCCAUUAUACUUGGUCAGGAUCAAGACUCUGUCAAGGGAGGCUUUGAUUUAGCACAAAGCUACCAAGGCAACUUGACCAACGUGAACCUUUGGGACAGGGUCCUCACGGCACAAGAGGUGGCUGACUUGUCUCGAUCAUGCUCCGUUGGAGAAGGAAAUGUUAUCAUGUGRUCAGACUUUCUUGCCAGAGUAGACGGGGAUAUUGAGCUGCUUAAAGCUUAUCAUGAUUGUGGAAUGUGGUCUACAAGAAGAAAUCAGCUAGCUACGUACUUGGAAAAAGGAAGAUGCCCUACACGUCAUAUCGAGAGGAUACCUCGGCGUACCUCGGGAAACAUUGAGAUUCUCGGGAAACAAAACUAACCGUUUCCCUUGGGAACAGUUAUUAAGUGUAUAAUAUUGCCUUUGAAUACUAAUUGAAUAAUAAUAAUAAUAAUGAAAUA